GCGCGGCUCCUGUACCGACGCGUGGGAACAGGCUGGCUGUGCCGGCUGCUGUGAGGUUCGCGGCGCUGGGGUGCUGACACCCAACCCCUGGGAUGCCCGGGGGACCCCCCAAGCUGGACAGCCACCCCUCCUGGGCCAGGGCGGCGGGCAGGACCGGCCAAGAUAACGCGGAGACGCGGGCCGCCACCAUGCCCGACUCGCCGGCUGACGUGAAGACGCAGUCCAGGUCCACGCCGCCCAGCAUGCCUCCACCACCGCCGGCCGUCACACAGGGAGCCACGCGCCACCCCUCCUUCACGACAAACACCAAUCGAGACGCUGGCCCUCCGACGUUUCUGCCUCGCGGCCGUUUUCAUGGUUGCUUGAAAUGGUCGAUGGUCUGUCUUUUGAUGAACGGGAGCAGCCACUCGCCGACCGCCAUCAAUGGGGCCCCGUCCACCCCCAACGGGUUCAGCAACGGGCCGGCCACCUCCUCCACCGCCUCCCUCUCCACCCACCAGCUCCCGCCGGCCUGCGGCGCCCGCCAGCUCUCCAAGCUCAAGCGCUUCCUCACCACGCUGCAGCAGUUCGGCAACGACAUCUCCCCCGAGAUCGGGGAGCGGGUGCGCACCCUCGUCCUGGGGCUCGUGAACUCCACGCUCACCAUUGAGGAGUUUCACGCCAAGCUCCAGGAAGCCACCAACUUCCCGCUGCGACCCUUCGUCAUCCCUUUCCUCAAGGCCAACCUGCCACUGCUGCAGCGGGAGCUGCUGCACUGCGCCCGCAUGGCCAAGCAGACCCCGGCCCAGUACCUGGCCCAGCACGAGCAGCUGCUGCUGGACGCCAACGCCUCCUCUCCCAUCGACUCCUCCGAGCUGCUCCUGGAGGUGGGCGAGAGCGGCAAGAGGAGGACGCCAGACAGGACCAAAGAGAACGGUUUGGACCGAGACCCUCUGCACCCCGAGCACCUCAGCAAGCGGCCGUGCACCAUGAGCCCGGCGCAGCGCUACAGCCCCAGCAACGGGCUAAGCCACCCGCCCAACGGGCUGGGGCACCCCCCCGCCGCCCCCCCCUUGCCCCAGCACUACCGCCUGGAGGACAUGGCCAUGGCGCACCACUACCGCGACGCCUACCGCCACCCCGACCCCCGGGAGCUCCGCGAGCGCCAGCGGCCCGCCGCGGUGCACGGGACGCGGCAGGAGGAGGUGAUCGACCACCGGCUCACCGACCGGGAGUGGGCGGAGGAGUGGAAACACCUCAACAACCUGCUGAACUGCAUCAUGGACAUGGUGGAGAAGACGCGCCGGUCGCUGACGGUGCUGCGGCGGUGCCAGGAGGCCGACCGCGAGGAGCUCAACCACUGGAUCCGGCGCUACAGCGACGCCGAGGACAUGAAGAAAGGCAGCCCCCCCUCCGCCCGCCCCCACAACAGCUCCUCCGCCUCCGAGGCACCCCAGUUAGACGCUCACCGGGAGUUUGCGCCGCGGCCCCUCUCCGGGUAUAUGCCAGAGGAGAUCUGGAGGAAGGCUGAAGAAGCUGUGAACGAGGUGAAGCGUCAGGCCAUGUCCGAGCUGCAGAAGGCCGUGUCGGACGCCGAGCGGAAAGCCCACGAGCUGAUCACGACGGAGCGAGCCAAGAUGGAGCGAGCCCUGGCCGAGGCCAAGCGCCAGGCUUCGGAGGACGCCCUGACCGUCAUCAAUCAGCAGGAGGACUCGAGCGAGAGCUGCUGGAACUGCGGGCGCAAAGCGAGCGAGACCUGCAGCGGCUGCAACACCGCCCGCUACUGCGGUUCCUUCUGCCAGCACAAGGAUUGGGAGAAACAUCACCACGUCUGCGGGCAGACUCUGCAAGGGCUGCCGGCCCCCGCCACCCCCGCCACCGGCAUGGGGCUCCCGCCGGGUCCGGGCCAGCCCGACGGGGUGGCCACCAUCGCCAGCAGCCCCAGCGAGACAGGCUCGGCGGCCGCUUCCCGCGCCGGCACGCCGGCCACCCCGGCUCCGCUGGAGAGCGCGUCCCGCUGAGCCGCCCUCGGACUGCUGCUGCUGCUGCUGCUGCUGCCACUGCUGCCGCUGCCGCCGCUGCUACCACCGCUCUCCAAAAGACACGGACUGCACUCGAUGCAAUUUCCUCAGCUACCUGACUCGUGUGACCUCCGAAACGACCUCUCUAGCUCUCACAAAUAAUCCUCACGGAUCCUCAAACUGGGCUUUAAGUGGAGUUAAGGCAAAUACCGGUCUUCUCUGUUCUCUCUUCAGUCUUUGUUUUGGCUUUUUUUGGUUGGUUUUCUAUCGGUUGGGGGAUUGUGGUUCGGGGUUUUUUGGUUGGUUUUGGGGUUGUUGGUUUUUUUUUUCCUUUUUUUUCUUUCUGGAUGAGGGAUUUGGCUGCAGCCUUGCCACACAGUGACGCGGGGAGAGGCCGGCCCGGCCCUGACCCGCAUCGGUGCUGCUGAGGGGCUCACUUGCAGGAGGAAAGAAACUUCUUUUCUUCGUCUCUUUCGUCCUUAUUUUUUUCUUUUUUCUUUUUUCUUUUUUUUUUUUGUAAAAAAAAAUAAAGAAAAUAAAAAAGAAAACGUCGGACUCUUUGGCUUUAAGUAAGAAAUUGU